AUGAAAUCAUCAAUUCUCUUCCUGGGAGCCGCUGUACUCGGUGCCCUGGCUGUCCCUGCGCCUUAUGGCCAUGCUGUGCAUGAACGACGUGACUUCGUUCCAACUUCCUGGAAUGAGGGGAAACGCUUAGAUGCAUCAGCCACUCUCCCCGUUCGAAUUGGACUAACCCAGUCAAACCUCGAAUAUGGUCAUGAGCUUUUAAUGGAGAUGUCUAACCCGUCUUCAAGUCGUUAUGGAAAGCACAUGACGGAAUCCGACGUGCGUGAUUUAUUUGCACCCAGCGGCGAGAGCGUGAAUAACGUUCGUUCGUGGUUGGAGUCAUUCGGUAUUAACAAGAACCGAAUUUCGCAAUCCGUGAACAAACAAUGGAUUCAGUUUGAUGCCGAUGCCGAUGAGCUGGAAAAGCUACUUCACACUGAAUACUACAUCUAUUCUCAUACUGAGACGGGCCGGUCGCACGUGGCGUGUCAUGAAUAUCAUGUCCCUCACUCGGUGCGUGAGGAUAUCGACUACAUCACCCCCGGUAUAACCCUGCGAGAGGUGACGACUGUUGGAAAAUCUGGCAAAAAUAUCCGAAAGCGUUCCAAUGGUCUGCUCCCUAUUCUCGAACCUAUUCUUAUGCCCAUUGAGGAGAUUCUGAACGAUGUUUUGCAAUUCUGUGAUGUUGCCAUCACACCUCAAUGCAUUAAGGAAAUGUACAAUGUCACUACCGGAACGACAGCUACAAAGGGAAAUGAGCUAGGAAUUUUUGAAGGCGUUGGUGAUGUCUACGCGCAGGAAGAUUUGAACCUGUUUUUCGCCACACUUGCCAGCGAGAUUCCAAGUGGGACUCACCCAAACUUGAAGGCUGUUGACGGGGCCGAAGCACCAACUUCACUGGAGAAUGCAGGCGCUGAAUCCGAUCUCGACUUCCAAAUCUCCUACCCAAUCAUCUGGCCUCAAAACUCAAUUCUUUUCCAGACAGACGAUAUGGUCUAUGAGGGAAAUUACAUAUUCAAGGGCUUCCUUAACACUUUCCUGGAUGCCAUCGAUGGCUCGUACUGCGAUGAUAUAUCCCCAUUGGACCCUUCUUAUCCCGAUCCCCAAGAAGGUGGCUACAAGGGAUCCCUGCAGUGCGGAGUUUAUGACCCCCCAAACGUCGUUUCAAUCUCUUAUGGAAUGGCAGAAUCUGAUCUCCCCAUCCCUUAUCAACGCCGCCAGUGUAACGAGUUUAUGAAGCUCGGCAUGCGAGGUGUCUCCGUGGUUGUCGCAUCUGGUGACUCUGGAGUAGCAGGGCGCAAUGGUGACCCCACACCGAGCAACUGUCUUGAAGAUACAGGCAAGGUGUUUGCUCCCGAUUUCCCAGCGUCUUGUCCCUACAUGACAGCUGUCGGUGCGACCUACCUUCCUUCCGGCGCCAAGAUUCAAGACCACGGAGAGGUGGCAGUCUCCCGCUUCCCCUCGGGUGGUGGCUUCAGCAACAUUUACGAGCGACCUAGCUGGCAGUCUCAGGCCGUGGCAGACUAUUUCUCCAAAGCCAAGCCUACAUAUCCAUACUACGAGAGUGUCAACAAUAACAGCUUCGGUGCAAACGGCGGUAUCUACAAUCGAAUUGGUCGUGGGUACCCCGAUGUCUCUGCCGUGGGUGAUCAUGUGAUCAUAUACAACAAAGGCGUGCCUACCUCGAUUGGUGGCACAAGUGCCUCGGCGCCUGUCUUUGCCUCGAUUCUCACCCGAAUCAACGAAGAGAGAUUGGCCGCCGGCAAAUCCACGGUCGGUUUUGUGAACCCCACUCUCUAUGCAAACCCAGGUGCAUUUUUCGACAUCACCUCCGGUAAUAACUCUGGCUGUGGUACCCCUGGCUUUUACGCUGCUGAGGGCUGGGACCCGGUGACGGGUCUCGGCUCCCCCAACUACCCGGCUUUGUUGAAUGUCUUUAUGGGUCAGUGA